CUCGGCGACUUUGCUCCGGUGCGAAUCCUGGGCGUCGGCGCCCACGCGCGCGUCGUGCUCGUCCGAGCCCCGGGCGGCCAGUCAUAUGCGAUGAAGCUGGCCAGCGACGACCCGACCGGCGCUCGGCGCGCGAUUGUCGAGCGGCGCGUGCUGCAGCGGCUCCGCCACCCAUUUGUCGCGCGGCUGCACUCGAGCGUCGCCACGCCGAGCUCGAUCGCGCUGGUGCUCGAGUUUUAUCCCGGUGGCGAGCUGUACGACCACCUGCGGCGCGAGGGCUUCUUCUCCCUCGCGCGCUCCUGCCUCUACACGGCCGAGGUGCUGCUCGCCGUGCAAGCGCUGCACGCCGCAGACGUGGCGUACCGCGACCUGAAGCCGGAGAACAUCCUGCUCGACGCGCAGGGCCACGCGGUCGUCUCCGAUUUCGGCCUCGCGCGCGAGGGCAUCUCGCGCUUGCCGGACGGCGCGCGGUCGCUGUGCGGAUCGCCCGCGUACAUGGCGCCAGAGGUGCUGAGCGGCGCGGGGCACGGGACUGCAGUCGACUACUGGGCGCUCGGCACGCUGCUCUUCGAGAUGCUGACGGGCGUGCCGCCCUUUUACCACCGCGACCCGCACCGCAUGAGCCGCGCCAUCCUGUACGACGAGCCAGCCUACCCGCGCCACCUCAAGUGGCCGGCGCGCGCGCUGCUCCGCACGCUGCUGCAGCGCGACCCCGCCCGGCGGGCAGGCUCGCCCGAGGCGGGCGGGCCCGCGAAGGUGCGGCGCGCGCGCUUCUUCCGCCGGCUCGACUUCGAGCGGGUGCUGCGGCGCGGCUACACUCCCGUCUUCGAGCCU